CUUCCGGGAGCGCGCGUCACUUCCGCCGAGCCGGGCAGGACGAGAUGGCGGCGCUGGGAGAGCCGGUGCGGCUGGAGCGAGACAUCUGCAGAGCAAUUGAAUUGCUGGAAAAAUUACAGAGAAGUGGAGAAGUGCCACCACAAAAGCUACAGGCAUUGCAAAGGGUCCUUCAAAGUGAAUUCUGUAAUGCUGUAAGAGAGGUGUAUGAACACGUGUAUGAAACUGUGGAUAUCAGCAGUAGCCCAGAAGUUAGAGCCAAUGCAACAGCAAAGGCUACUGUAGCUGCAUUUGCUGCUAGUGAAGGUCAUUCUCAUCCCAGAGUGGUUGAACUACCCAAAACCGAAGAAGGUCUUGGCUUCAACAUUAUGGGAGGCAAAGAACAAAAUUCUCCAAUCUACAUCUCUCGAAUUAUCCCUGGAGGUAUAGCUGACAGACAUGGAGGCCUGAAACGUGGAGACCAGCUGCUUUCCGUGAACGGAGUGAGUGUUGAAGGUGAACACCAUGAAAAAGCAGUAGAACUGCUGAAGGCAGCUCAAGGAAAGGUUAAAUUAGUUGUGCGAUACACACCAAAAGUCCUUGAAGAAAUGGAGUCAAGAUUUGAAAAAAUGAGAUCGGCAAAACGAAGGCAGCAAAAUUAACAUUGUGCAAUAACUUAAAGAAAAAAUAUAUAUUCCUUUUACAUUUUACAGUUUCUUUGUGACUCAGUUGAUCCAAUGCCUGUCAUAAGACCCUGUCCUUUUUGUAGAAUCAUGGAACAAUUGAAGUUGGAGGGACUAGAUCUAGUCCAUUCCCCAAUGCCCAGCUCAGAGGAGGGCCAGCUAGAGCAGGUUGCUCAGGAGUGUGACAAACUGGCUUAUUAAACAUCUCUAGGGAUGGAGACUCCAGAAGAUCUCUGGACAGUCUGUUCUAUUGCUUUGCUCUCCCUUACACUAUGAAGAUCCAUUCCUGUGUUUAAGUAGAGCUUCUGUUAUUUCCACUUGUGCCGACUUCCUCUUGUCCAGUCACUAGAUUUACUGGGAAGAGUUAGGCUCUUCUUUACUCCUUCCUAUCAGGCAUUUACACAGGUUGGUAAGAUCACCCAAGCCUUCUCCAGGCAAGAGAGGCAAUCCCAGUUCUCCCAAUGUCUCCUUGUCUGUAAGAUAGUGCAAUCACUUAAUCACCUUUGUGGCCCUUAAAUGGAUUUACUCUUGUAUGCCCAUUUCUGUAUUGGACUGGGCAGCCCAAAACUGGAUCCAGCACUUGAGUUGUGUCUCACGAGGACUGGCAGAGUGCUCAGCCUGCUGGCAAUGGUCUUUCCAGUGUAGACUGGGAGGCUGCUGGGCUGCUUUGCUGCAAGGGCACAUGGUGGCUCAUGGCUUGCUGUUGUUCCCUGCAAGGCUGCUUUGCAGCUGGUCAGUCCCCCAGUCUGUACUGGUGAACGGGGUUAUUCCCCCCAGUGUGGGACUUUGCACUUUUCUUUGCUGAAAUUCAUGAUACUUGUUUUUCCAGCCUGCUGAGGUCCCUUUGAAUGGUUUGCUGAGAGUGUGAUCUGUCCCAUCCCCUGGGCUGUUACUAAAAACGUGCAAGAGUAUGGACCCCAGUAUGGGCCAUGGGGUGCAUUGGUAGUGACUGGCAUGUGGCAGGACAUUUUGCCACUGAUCACAAUAAUCCUCAGCAGUUCAGCCAAUUUCAGAAUUUUUUCAAUCUCCUUGUGUUUCACAGUUUAGGAGGAAUGUGUAGAUUUAGAAUGGCCUAAAAUGCCCUGGAAAAGCAUAUAUGGUGAUAUUUCUAUUGAUUAUUUUAGAAAGUCUUGUGUCAGACUUUUAAGCAAGAAAGUGAAUUUACAGAUUUUUCAAAGGCAUUUAAUAAGACAUAGUUGUACAAUCAGCAUCCUUUUAUUCCUGUUUUCUUUUGACAUUAGCAUAGAAUAUGCCAGGGUUUUUGCUAACUGAUUUUUGAAAAAAAAAAAGAGAAGAUUCUUAUGUAGCAGUAUUUUGGCACUUUUCUUAAGAAGAAUAUGUUGUAUGUCAACUACAAAACAUAAUCACAGUCUACUGUGUAGCUGAUAACUAUACCAGAUUUUGUAAUGUUUUUGGUAAGUAUAUUGUUUUUACACUUCUGCUAAAUUAUAAUUCACUACUCUGGAAAUUGUAUUACCUCUCCUGUAAAUAAUUUACCGUUGAUGUUCUUAUAUAACGAUGUUGUAAUAGCAGACAUUUACAAAUUUGCAACAAUCAUUCCUGUAAUUUACAUUAUUUUGUACUAAUUUUAAAGCAGUUAUGGGGAAAAUGUGAUUGCUGCAUGCAAUUCUGGAUUGAUUCUCUAGAUGUAUUUUUAUAUUGAGAAACAGAAGAUAUAUAAAUGCAGUGCAAAAGAAUUCCAGAUGUUUCCCUGACUUUCUGCUGUGUAAAAGAAUUUUUCAUCUUAAUUGUCAUACCAUUCUUGUCUUUCUAGUAUCUUUUAUUGUAGUCUUAUUUGCAUAUUGAAUGUAUUGGUUCUGGAAUUGUUAGUACCUAAAUUACUGAUUGUUAUUGUUAUUAAGAGUAAAACGUUCUGAGUUUUAUAUGCUAGGUUACUGUGACAUGUGGACUUGUCUGGGGUUUUAUUACUGACUGCUUCUGACUUGGGGGAUUCUUGUUGGUACUACAGAAAUACUACAUCAUGAUUGCUAAAUAAGGACAUCUCCAUCUGAAAGCAAUUACUGUCUUAUCUCAUGUGUUCUUGAUAGUGGCAUGAGUUUUGUGUUCAAGUUUGAAAAUUUCUGGACAGAGAUCCACUUUUUGGAAUCUACCAGGUUUGAUGCUGUACUUGUGUGGUUUAGGUUUUGGGUUUGGUUUGGGGUUAUUUUAAGCUUCACCUUUCAAAGAAUUAACUUCAUUGUCUAUUGGAUAUCAGUUACUUGUAUGGCAGCUAUGAGUACAUCCUAAUUGACUGUUAGUAAUUUGAUUUUUAGGGGCUUAAACUGGGAAGUGCAGUUCUUGCUAUGUGGCUAAUCCUUAGUCUUAUUUCACAUGAAGCAAUAUGUGAAAGAAACAAAAAGAUUAGUAAUCUAAAAAUGACAGUUUGAGGCUUGUGCUUUGUCAGUUGACCUAUUUGGGAUAAAAAAAGGGGGUUGCUGUGGGCAAGUGAGAAAUGUAAUUGCUUUCUGCAUGUUUGUAAGCAUGGUAAGCCUGCAAAGAGAAGUUUGGGAGAUACUGGUAAUUUGAAAAUGCAGUAUAAAUAUUUAUCUAUAUUAGUUAGAUGACAUCUAAUAUCUAGUUAGAUGACAUUGAGCACUGAAUUGCAUGGUUGGUUUUAUGUCAUAGGCCUCUUUCGAAAGGCCUCAUGUAACUGAUGCAACCAUGUUGUUGAAUUGUAUAUUUUUAUGGAACAAUUAAUGUUUAAAGUAUUGAGACCAAAAUCACUAGUUAGACAAUUGUGGAUGUGUUUUAAUUUAAUUGUUAAUUAGUAGAGAUAUGUUUUAGAGCCAUAUAAAAAUAUAUAUAUUACAGAAAGGUAUGGAUGCAAGAUAGGAAUGUUCAUUUUACAAACCGUAUCCCUUGUAUUACUAAACAAGAGGUGUGUUUUGUUACUCUAAUGAAAUAUUUACUUUAUUCAGAUAGAGCUGCUAAAUGCAGUAGCAUUUUCAUUCUGAAUUGUAGCAUUUGGUUAUGGUUUGUCAACUACAAAAUAUGGAGAGGUGUAUCUAGGCAUAUAAAUAGUAUGUGUAGAGUUGGAAAUGUUUUUAAAUUGCAGUAACAAAAAAAAAAUUAAUAAUCAUUGUUGAUACUAUGAGAACCCUUUAAUAAUAAGGAAAGGGUCGAUUAAAAUACUCCAAAAAACUUGAUCUCUGUUACUACUGAGCAGUGCCUGUACUGUGUUAAUAUGCAGUCCCUGCACACUUCUCAUACUUGGGUAUACAAACAGAUUAAGAAGAGGUAUCAUUUCUGCAAGUAACUUCUGCAUCUGUUGCUGCUGUGAAGGAUCUUUGGGUUUUAUCAACAGAAAAAUAAAAAUUCAGUCACA